AUGCCACGCUCGGAAGAAGCCGAGUGGUGGGCGAACGCGGUUUACGGGGCUAUCCAAGAAGUCCCCCGGGGGAAAGUGACUUCUUAUGGUCAUAUCGCACGCCUACUCGGUGAACCUCAGCGCCCACGCCAAGUCGGUGUGUGUCUCAAGUCCCUUCCGUCCGCAGAGUCUGGUGCCCAUUUCAACGCAAGUACUGUACCGUGGCAGCGGGUGAUCAAUUCCAAAGGCAUGAUAUCACAUCGUACCAUUCUUCUGACUCGAGUCGGUCGUUUCUACGUCCAUGGGCAUGUUUUGGCUGACGCCAAUACCAGUGGACCCGGGAGCGCCGAGCGUCAGGCUGAAGCUCUCGCGCUGGAAGGCGUCGAAGUUACCAGAGACAGCAUGGGCGAAAUUUAUGUUGACUUCUCUCGCUAUGGGUGGUUUCCUAGCCAGCUACCGAGCGAGGGAAGGGAUGAAUAG